AUGAGAGAUCUUUUGAACGAGGUAACCCGCCAUGUCGAAGGAUUAAAGCUGCUGAACCAGAACCUGGAUGGUGUUUCCGAGCGAUUUGUCGUCGUCGUCCUUUCCGAUGCUUUCGACCCCGAGACGAGGAAACAGUGGGAGGGAACCAUUCCCCACAAGGAGAUCCCGACCUACGAAGAUACUGUGAUAUUCCUGAAGGAGCGCUGUUCGUUGUUGGAGCGCUGCGAAGCCAGCCACCCGAAGUCGUCGUCCGACAAGGAGUCCAACCAGAAGUCCAUCUCGAAGCCCCCACCGGCGAAGUCGUUCGCUAUGGCUACACCCGUAGCUAAUAGUGAGGCGACAUGCGAGAUCUGCAGUGCGAAUCAUCCCAACUACAAGUGUGACAGGUUUGUUUCCUUGACGGUACCCCAACGUAGAGUAAAGGUAAGAGAACUCAAUCUAUGUUUCAAUUGUUUGCGGAAGGGACACCCUGCCUUGAAGUGCCCUUCCACUAAAUCUUGCCAGGAGUGUCAAGGAAGACACAAUACCCUGCUUCACGAGCCCAAGCCCGAGCCAAAGCCCGUAAUUGAGGACCCCCAGCAAGAAUCCGCCCCAGUUGUUGAAAGUGCCAAUGUUCCCCCUCCGAUUGAAAGUUCCUCGUCGUUGUCCAGUUCGGUCCACAAUCUUCCCCGGUCAGAUAGUACGUUGUUGCUUACGGCCAUGGUUGAUGUCCUAGACAGCCAUGGAAACCCCCACCCUUGCCGUGCAUUCCUCGAUUGUGGUUCCCAACCUCAUUUGGUUUCCUGUUCAUUUGUGGAGUCUCUGGGAAUCGAACGAGUACCUACCCAUGUUGAAGUUUUCGGAGCUACCGGUAAACGAUCGGUACUAAACCAGAAGGUUAAUAUUGUGUUCCGUUCCCGUUCAAUAGAUUAUCAAGCCCAGAUUGAAUGUUUGGUCACUGAUGUGGUGACAGGUCCCCUGCCAGCUCGUAAGUUGGAUCCACAAUCUUGGAACAUCCCCUCUUGUUUGACGCUUGCUGAUCCUUCCUUCCAUACCCCUGGCGAAGUGUCGCUUUUGAUAGGUGUUAAGUUGUUCUUCCACUUGAUGUUGCCCGGACAGUUGAUGCUAGGUGAUCGUCUACCAGUCCUCAAGGAAACCCGAUUGGGCUGGGUUGUCGCUGGAGGCGAUGAGAAUGAAGAUGCAAAUCAGCAUUGUUAUAUCACCACCCUGCGGCCAAUGAAGGAGGAUAUAGUGAAGUCUGCUGACACUGUCGACGCCAAAGACCCCACCCGCGGUAAUCUUCGGUGGACACCGGUGCGACUGCACACGGACACGUUGUUGCAAGCCUGCGUCGAUCCCUCCGCUGCUGGAGCACCAACAAGAGAACCCAACAGUGUCCCAUCGUUCCGAUCCGCAAAUAGACCCUACCCGAGGCAAUCUAUUGCGGACACCGGUUCGACCCUGCACACGGAUUACUGGAUGAUCUCUGGCCUGUUGGUUGUUAGCCAGUAG